AUGUCAAAAGAAGUGUCACUCGUGGUGUUGUCCCAUGGUUUAUGGGGUGUCAAAAAACACAUGCUGUACAUUGAACAAAAACUUCAAGCCAAAUACGGAGACAGCAUUUACAUUUUAAAUGCAGGUGUGAAUGAAGCAAAGUAUUCCUAUGACGGCAUUGAUAUCUGCGGCCGAAGAUUAGCCCAAGAGAUUGAAUCCACUGUGGUACGACUAGGUAAAAACGGGACACAAGUAACCCGAUUUAGUAUCAUUGGGUAUUCCCUUGGCGGGUUAAUUACAAGAUACACCAUUGGCCUCUUAGCUCAAAGAGGUUUCUUUGGUGCCAUCCAACCCGACUACUACGUUUCCUUUGCCACUCCACAUUUAGGCGUCAAGGGACCUUCCCAUUCCCUCUUUUCCUCCUUUUUCAAUUUCGUUAGUGGUCGAAUGGUUUCCAGAUCUGGCGAACAGUUACAACUCAUAGACAAGUUUGAGAAAAACAAGCCCAUCUUGGAAGUGUUAUCGGAUCCAGAUCAAGUGUACUUUAAAACACUGGCCAAAUUCAAAGUGAAACGUUCCUAUGCAAAUGUCGCCAAUGAUCGGACCGUACCCUAUUGGACUGCAGGCAUGGAGAUCAUGGAUUACUUUUAUGAAAGCAAAGGCAAACUAGACAUAACGCUGGAUAAAAAAUAUUCAUCUGUCAUCACAGCUUACGAUAUAAAAGCUCCCGCCAUCAUUUCUCCCUUUUUUUUCAUCCUCGCCUUUUCAGCCAUCGGCAUCCAAGGUCUGAUCUCACGCUACAGAGUCUCGGGGUUACUGCAAUCCGGUGGGGACAUGAUGCCCUCUGUCGAUAGCGAACAUACCACACUCAAUCAGGAUGAUCGUCUGAUGGACGGCGAUUUAUUGGCAGGCGCAUUAGACGCUGUGAACCUACCUGGCGAUUCAUCCCCGCCUCUCAAGCACUCCAACUCGUAUUCGGAUCAAAAAUCCAUCCUCUGUCAUUCACCAGGGAAAUGUCUAGCCGAAAAGGCCAAACCUUUACCGCUGGAUCCAACCACCCUCUCCAUCCACAAAAACCUCAAUUUACUUGACUGGGAAAAAGUCUAUGUGUAUAUCCGUGCCUUUAAUGCGCAUGGAAGUAUCGUCUGUCGAGAAAAACGGUUUACCGUCGAUGCUGGUGAGGCCACCAUCCAACAUUUUAUUGAUACCACACAACUUUCUUAA